CAGCGUCUAAUGCAGCAGAAAGUAAAAUCUAGGCGAAAUGUGACAGGGGGUGUGGCAAAGUAUCAGGUUUUGUUGCUAUAAAAAGUGUUAACUAAACAGAGGAGACAAGAGCAGCUUUAGCCGUGAAGAAAAACCUCAUUCUUCCGAGAACCUCUGAGCUUAUAUGGAAACACAGCAUUCAGCCAUGAAGUUUCAAAUUCUGGUUUUGAUCCUGCUGUUGGCUUGCAUGUAUCCCAGUGUCACACAAGGUAUUCUCUAUGAAAACUGCUGUUUGAAGUACAUUGUAGGAGUGAGGAAGAACAUGAGAAGAAACAUUGAGAGUUACAGAGUGCAGGAAACAGAUGGAGGGUGCAACAUUCCUGCUAUUGUUUUCAAGUUGAAGAGAUCAAAGACACUCUGUGCUGAUCCAAGAGAAAACUGGGUGCAACAACUCAUGCAGAAAAUAGAUGGGAAAAAAACAGGCCCUAAGUAGUGUAUGAGUUUCAGAGACAGAUUUGAUCACGCCACUGCAGACGAAACUGUAUAUGACCAACACACUAAAAUAACAAUAUGUAGUUUAUAACACCAUCACUCCUGCUGAUUCAUAUAUUUUCUACAUCAGGCUAUGAAUUGCUAUCUUCAUGCCAAGGUUCAUAAUGAACUGUAUUGGUUUGCUUCUGUUCAUUGUAUUAGAACAAUAUGAAUGUAUGAACUGUGAAUGUUUGCUCUUGUUUCCAUGCUCCACAAUAAAUCUUUUUAUAUAUGUAUAUA